GGAAAAGAAGACUAAAAAGAGAGUCUCCCCUAAAGUAAAGGAAUAUCUCAAACUUAAAAAUUUUCCAUUUCGCAACAACAAACAAGGAACGAACAGCGCUCAACUCCUUUGAGAUCCUGUCUUGUCUGAUCGCAACCCAUUCCGCUGUUACCGCUACUUGCUAACAAUGCUCAAAAUGACAUAAACACUUCUUCUGUGUUAUGGGGCGGGAAGUUGCAGGCGUACAUAUGGUAGGCAAGAAGCCGAAUGGUUUGGAAGCUUCAGAUGGAAAUUUAAGUGAUAACAGUAGUGUGAAGGUUUCUCCCAAUAUUGCAGCAAUGGAUCAUGAGAAAAAUGAAUCUUACGAAUCUCUUUCAUUUAGUGAGAAGAAGAAGCUUUUCGCUGCUAAAGCCACUAUGUUAAGAACUGAAUCUUUCAAGGAGAAGAACGAGAAGUUCGACGACAAUAAUAAAGCAGCAUUUCAUGAGAAGAAGGAAUUUUUCAAAGCUAAAGCGACUAUGGCAAGGACUGAAUCCUUCAAGGAGAAGAACGAGAGAUUCGAUGACAAUAAUAAAGCAGCAUUCCAUGAAAAGAAGGAUUUUUUCAAUGCUAAAAUCGCUAAUUCAAAAUCGUUGUCGCCUAAAGAAAAAGACGAGAAAUUUGAAGCGCCAAAGAGUGGAGAUGAUAACAAAUCAGCGUUUUCUGAGAAGAAAGAUGUUUUUAAUGCCAAGAUUAUUGCUACUACUGAAUCGCCCAAAGUGAAGAAUGAAAAAUCCGAAGUACAAAAGAUGGGAGAUGAUAAUAAAUCAGCAUUUUAUGAGAAGAAAGAAUUUUUCAAUGCUAAAACUGCUACCUCAAAAACCGAAUCGCCAAAAGAGAAGAACGAAAAAUUUGAAGUGCAGAAGACGGGGGAAGAUGAUAACAACCCAGCAUUUCACGAGAAGAAAGAUUUUUUCAAUGCUAAAAUCUCUACUUUAAAGACGGAAUCGCCUAAAGAAAAGAACGAGAAAUCCGAAGUGAAGAAGAUAGUCGAUGAUGAUAACGCAACAGCAUUUCAUGAGAAGAAAGAUUUUUUCAAUGCUAAAAUCGCUACUGUAAAGACGGAAUCGCCCAAAGAGAAGAACGAGAAAUCCGAAGUGAAGAAGAUAGUCGAUGAUGAUAAUGCAACAGCAUUUCAUGAGAAAAAAGAUUUUUUCAAUGCUAAAAUGGCUACCGUAAAGACUGAAUCACCUAAAGAAAAGAACGAGAAAUCCGAAGCGAAGAAGAUAGUCGAUGAUGAUAACGCAACAGCAUUCCAUGAGAAGAAAGAUUUUUUCAAUGCUAAAAUCGCUACUGUAAAGACUGAAUCGCCUAAAGAAAAGAACGAGAAAACCGAAGUAAAGAAGAUAGUUGAUGAUGAUAAUGCAGCUGCAAUUCUUGAGAAGAAAGAUUUUUUCAAUGCUCAAAUCACUAACUUGAAGACCGAAUCUCCGAAAGAUAAAAUUGAGAAACCUGAGGUACAAAAAACCGGUGAUGAUAACAACAUUGCAGCAUUUCAUGAGCAGAAGGAUUUUUCCAAUGUUAAAGUUGCUAACUUAAAGAUUGAAUCACCCAGAGACAAGAGCCAGAAAUCUGAAAUACAGAAACAGAUAAGUUCUUCUGUUCCACAACCAUCUGAGCAAACCACUGAAAGGCAUGUCACACAUACACAAACUAUUGACUUGUCGCCAAAUGGACACCACUUGUCGCCAAAAGCUAACGAUUUAAACUUCUUGUCCCCAAAAAUUUCUAUUAUAGACUCACCUAAUUCAUCAAAAAAUUCACAGCCAAACUCACCUUUUUCAUCAAAGAAGGCAUUUCUACGUGAUGGAAAGAAACACCGUGAUGAUGAGGAUAGUUCAUCUUCUACAUCACCUAACAGUGUGAAAUCUACCGGAUCUAUGCGCACAUUUAGAUCAAAGGUAACCGUAGGCACAGCCCCUACAUUUAAAUGCCCAGAGCGUGCAGAGAAACGGAGGGAGUUUUAUCAGAAGUUAGAGGAGAGACAACGAGCUCGUGAAGAAGAAAGAAAGCAGUACGAGGCAAGGAAAAAGGAAGAGGAAGAGGCAGCUUUAAAGGAGUUGAGAAAGAAGUUGGUGAUCAGAGCGAAACCAGUACCAAGCUUCUAUUAUGAGAACCCUCCCCCUAAGCGUGAACUUAAGAAGUCACCCCUGACUCGGCCAAAGUCACCAAACCUGACCAAAGUGUCAAGGAGACGGAGCUGCGGUGAUGCUUUAACUGCACAUCCAGAAAUUUGUUCACGUGCAACGCGUAGCAUUGGUAGUAAGAGACCCAUCACCAGACACAACAGCAAUGACGCUGCUUCCAAAAUUAACUACUAAUUAAGCUCGACACAUUAUGGGUUCCACAAAUUCAUACACAGAUGGGGAGAGAUUCUCUGACGUUCUUCGUUUUUGAAGUGCAUAUGAUGUUUUGUAAGUAAAAAAUUUGGAUAAAUCACGUUAUCUGAAUCCAUAUGAAAUAUGUUCCCAUUUUGUAGGAUGUGAUGUCCAUUGUGUCUAUUCCAUUAAGAUUAAGUGAUACUAGAUGUAUCUUUGUUUGUAACAUGGGUUUGUAUUUAUUUAUUCUUUCAAUCAUUAAUGUGGUUCUGUGGACACUUGUUUUGUCCCAAAAAUGAAACCAGCAACAUUCAAAGUCCUAAGCAAGUUGGUUUUUGCUGCAAGUUUUAAAAUAUGGAAUGGGUUGAGUUUUCGCCAUUUUUUUAUUUUAUUA